GCUAAAAACAGAAAAGAGCAGACCAAGCGUUUCCUACAAUGCAAAUCCUCUUGUCUGUUAUGGGGUGGUCUAAAACCCCAAAAUCCUCUCUCACCUAAAAGAAGAAAGAAUAAUAAUAAUACAGUAACAAAUCUGUAUUCCCUAUAAUACCCCUCUCCUAAUCAUCGCCGCCGUAGUAUGGCUAUUCCACGGCGGCGCCACCACUAUCACAGCCGUACCCGGUUUCUAUUACCCGCAAUUUUCGCUAUUCUAUUCCUAUUUUUCUUCCUAUUAUUCCUUGCACCAUCUCCUAAUGAUGAUGAUAAUAAUCACUUACGACAUUUCUCGGGAGGCAAAGGUGGUGUUAAUGAGAUUGGAGUUCCUACAUUUCGUCUUCGGAUCAGUGGAGGAGGAGUUCAUAAUCGUGAUCUCUGGAGUUCUAGAAAUUCGAAGUUCUUCUAUGGAUGCAGUAAUGCCAGCAGUAAAUUCGCAAAAGCCGAAGCCAUCACACAUCCAAAUCGAUACUUGUUGAUUGUGACCAGUGGAGGUCUUAACCAACAGAGAACUGGUAUAACUGAUGCUGUUGUUGCUGCUCGCAUUUUAAAUGCUACUCUUGUUGUUCCAAAGUUGGACAAGACGUCUUUCUGGAAAGAUUCUAGUGACUUCUCUGAUAUAUUUGAUGUUGAUUGGUUUAUAAAACAUCUAACAACAGAUGUUUCAAUUAUAAAAGACCUUCCGCUUAGAAGAGGGCAGAUAUGGGCGCCAUAUAGAAUGCGUGUUCCUAGAAAGUGCAAUGAGAGAUGCUAUAUAAAUCGUGUAUUGCCUGUACUCAUGAAAAAACAUGCUGUACAGAUCAGCAAGUUUGACUAUCGACUUGCUAAUAAGCUGGAUACAGAUUUGCAAAAGCUUAGAUGCAGGGUCAAUUAUCAUGCCCUGAAGUUUGCUGACCCUAUACUUGAAAUGGGUGAGAAAUUGGUACAGCGGAUGAGGAUGAGUAGCAAGCAUUAUAUUGCCCUUCACUUAAGGUUUGAGCCUGAUAUGCUUGCAUUCUCUGGAUGCUAUUAUGGUGGAGGGGAUAAGGAGAGGACAGAACUGGGAAAGAUACGGCGGAGGUGGAAAACUUUACAUAGCAGCAACCCGGAUAAGGCAAGGAGGCAAGGAAGAUGCCCUCUUACUCCUGAAGAAGUUGGCUUGAUGCUAAGAGGACUUGGAUAUGGAAAAGACGUUCAUAUUUACGUAGCAUCUGGUGAAGUGUAUGGAGGUGAAGAGACAUUGGCUCCGUUGAAGGCCCUUUUUCCAAAAUUUUACUCCAAGGACACUAUUGCCAGCAAGGAAGAGUUGGAACCGUUUUCUGCAUAUUCUUCUAGAAUGGCUGCUCUUGACUUCAUAGUUUGUGAUGAAAGUGAUGUAUUUGUCACUAAUAACAAUGGAAACAUGGCAAAAAUUUUGGCAGGACGAAGGAGAUAUUUUGGUCAUAAACCUACCAUUCGCCCAAAUGCUAAGAAACUAAACCGUGUGUUCUUAAAUAGAAAUAACAUGACAAGGGAAGAAUUUUCUUCUAGAGUACGUACAUUUCAAAGAGGAUUCAUGGGGGAGCCCAAGGAGGUGAGGCCAGGCAGGGGUGAGUUUCACGAAAAUCCAUCAUCGUGCAUUUGUGAGGAUUCUGAGGCUGAAAAGAAAAUGGAUUGGGGCCGUCAAAAAAUUGGUAAAGGCAAUGUAGCUAAGAAGAAAGACAGGGAUGAUAUGAAGAAAGAUAUUGAGGCAGUUGUUCAUGAUGAAAAUGUAGACGAUGAGCCAGAAAUGGCUGAUCCUGAGGAUGAAGAUGAUGAGGACAGCCCUCCAGGCGAAGUUUCACUUAGUAGGUCACAGGUUGAAGCUUCGUCCAAUGGAACAAGUACUGACUACGACCCUUUCAUGUCUGAGGAGACUGAGUUGGAUGAGUUGCUUUCAGAUUAAGAAAGGAUCAAAGAUUGCCUUUUAAGAGGGGUUGCUUGUAUAUAAACCACCCUUCCGUAAAUGAGUUAUUCGGGCAUUAACCUAUCUUCAACGUGUUCAAUUUUGAAUGCCAUUUUGGUCUAAACUGAUUCUGCGGCUGAAGCCUUGACAACACAGUAACGCGGAUCGACUUUUCCUAGAGAUAUUCUGUUUAAGAGUUACUGGAUAUUGGUGAGCUUAUCUUUGGGGGCGGGAGCUAGAAAUUAUAGUAGCUUGGAGACCUCGGAUCCAUAAUGCUUGAACACGUGAAGAAAGUGUAGCCGCUAAGAUGGAGCUCCUGAGGGAGAAAUUUUUUACUGGUAUAGUGUUCAACAGUCUGUAUACAUAAACGAGAAUGUUAAUUGCUAAUUGACUUACUAACUUUGUUGAAUGAGAAUGUUAAUUGCUAAU